AUGACCGAUCGCAACGAGACGGCCACCGAAGAACAAAAUACAAAUAAACAAAGCUUUACAACUUGUGCGAAAUGCGGACUUAUGAUUGUAGGUCAAUUUGUGAGGGCUUUGGAAGGAACUUAUCAUUUAGAUUGCUUUAAAUGUCAGGAUUGCGGGGCUAUAGUUGCAGCAAAAUUUUUCCCAAUGGAUGACAAAGAUGGGAAACAAUAUCCAUUAUGUGAGCGUGAUUACUUUGCACGUUUAAAUCUCAUCUGUGAAAAGUGCGGUGGAGCUCUUAGAGGCUCUUACAUCACAGCGCUUGAAAAAAAAUAUCACAUUGAACAUUUUACUUGUUCUGCUUGCCCAACAUUAUUUGGCCCACAAGAUUCAUAUUAUGAACACGAUAGUCAAGUAUAUUGUCAUUAUCAUUAUUCAACUAGGUUUGCAGUAAAGUGUACUGGAUGCCAGACUGCUAUAUUAAAACAAUUUGUAGAAAUAAAUCGUAAUAGCAUUGAUGAGCAUUGGCAUCCUGAAUGCUACAUGAUUCACAAGUUUUGGAAUGUUAAACUUGCCACACAUUUAGAUGAAAAAACUGAAUUACAAGGUGAUAAUGAACAAGAUGAACAACAAAAACAACUUCAGGUAGACGUCAGCAUAACACCAGAGGAGUUGAAACAACAACAAAAGUCAAUGGAAGAAAAAGUUUACAAGAUAUGGACAGUACUUUCCGCUUUUGAGGAAAUGUCAGCUGCUUGUAUUUCAGACAUGCUACUUCAUGUAUCGAAUGGAUCAUAUCUUGAUGGUGUUAAGAUGGCUGAUAAAUUUAUAAGUCAUGUAGAUAUUUUAUUUUCUGCAAUUGAUGAAUUAGAAAUGCAAUCAAUACAAGCAAGUGGGCAAGGUUUACAGCAUAAUCGUGAAGCUAAAAUGCUUUGUAAAAAAAUAGUCAAUUUUUUUUCAUUAUUAUCACACACUCAAGAAACAGGUGUCAGAAAACUUGGUAUUACACAAGAAUUAUUAUCACUUGUAACAGGCUUAGCACAUUAUUUAAAAAUAUUAAUUAGGAUAGCUUUAACUAGUGCUUUAAAAUUGGAAAGAGAUUUUGAUAAUAAGGUAGCCAUAGAAAAAUUUUUAAAUAAGCUUCAUGAGCUUACCAAAAAUUUAAGUCAAGGGCGAGAAUCAACAAUUGAUAGUGAAGUCACUUCUGAUCUAUGUCAUUCAUGUCGGGUCACUGUAGAAGAGGAGUGUUACAAGUAUGGACAACAUCGUUGGCAUAUUGGGUGCUUGAGAUGUUCAAAUUGUUCAAAAGAGUUACGUUCUGUAUAUCAAGAAGCCACAUUCAAUGAAACACAUGGGUCAGCGUAUUGUCCAAAUUGUUCCAAGGAGCCAGCAUCUGUUGGAUUCGAACAUGUUACACAGUUAGAGCAGUACACCUAUUUGUUACGUGUUGCUUUAUCUAGACUUUAUAAUUUGCUUAGAAGAAAAGAGGAACAUAGUUUGUCUGAUAGUGAUGAUAGUCGUGGCCGUAAAACUGAUAAGGAGAAAUCAGAGCUUGUUCGUAAAGAUUCCAGGUCAAAAUCUUAUUCGAGCGGGGAUAAAAAAUAUGAAUCAAUUAGCACAAAUGAUAUAAAGCGUAUGAAAUCUAUUCAUAUGGAUCGUAAAAUGUCAACUUCAGCAAAAGUUCCAAAACGAUUUGUAGUGAAUGAGAGCCAACAUGGGUCUGAUGAAGUAACCAAGGAUAAACUGGUCAGAUCACCUUCACAACGACAUGUAAAGGUCACAGAGGAUAAAGUUCCAGAUCCUGAGAUAGCAGACAAUCAGCUAAAUUUUGAUACAGGUAAAGUUGCUAUUACACUAGGUGAUAUUUCAGAAUUGGCAGCAGCUGAAAUGAACGCAUCAUCAUCAGAUUCAACACUAGCACAAAAAGCAAAAAAAAAUUUCAAAGAUUCAACAACAACAAAAUCAUAUUUUUCAGAACUUUCAGCAUUAGAAUAUUUUAUUGUAAAGCACGUGGCAGUUCUCAUGAUGCAGCAAUAUUUGAAAGAUUAUUUCACAUCAGAGGAAUUACUAGAUCUUAUUGAACCAAAAAAGACAACACUAUGGUCAAAGUUUGUUACAUCAAUUAAACCAACCGAGAAAAAACCAGUCAAAAAGAAAGGACCAGGUCAAAUAAAAGUGCCAAGUUUUGUUGAUGAUAGUAUAUCAGCCAUGAAAACAAUGGAUAUGUCAGUUGAAGGAAUAUUUCGUAAAAAUGGAAAUAUUAGAAGAUUAAAAGAUCUUAGUGAUGUAAUUGACAGACAUCCUUCUAUGGUAAAUCUGACAGAAGAUAAACCAGUCCAAGUAGCAGCAUUGAUGAAAAAAUUUUUACGAGAAUUGCCAGAACCAUUGUUAACAUUUAAAUUACAUAAGCUUUUUAUUACUUCACAAAAACUUGAUAAUGAAUCAGAUAGAAAGAAAAUUUUACAUCUUGCAUGUUGUCUACUACCAAAAAUAAAUCGUGAUACGAUGGAAGUACUCUUCAUAUUUUUUAAAUGGGUAGCAUCAUUUUCCCAUGUUGACGAAGAGACAGGUAGUAAAAUGGAUCUUCAUAAUCUUGCCACAGUUAUAACACCAAAUAUUCUUUAUUCAAAAUCAAAAGAUCCAUCAAAAGAUGAAUCAUUUUUAGCAAUUGAAGCUGUUCAUAAUUUAUUAAAAUAUCAAGAUGAAUUUUGGGUGGUGCCUGAUGAUUUAAUGGCAAUUUUAGAAGUUCAAGAUUUAUUUAGUAAUCCAGAAGUGCUGACAACAAAAGAUAUUCUUAAGAGAUGUGAAGAUUUUGUUAAAUCAAAGAAAAUGCAAAAUCCAAUAAGUGAAGUAGGAGAAAAUAAAGUUAGUGGUGGUAGUGGUUAUAAUAGCUUUAACGGUAAUAAUACCACCAAUAAUGGUAGUGUUGGGCAAAAGUAUGAAAUAGUACGUCAUCAGCAUCAAAAUGCACCUCAACAACGUGAUUAUGCUGAACCAUAUCAUUCACCCAACCUUGUUAAAGAGAAUCCUAUUCAAAUAAGGCAAUAA